CUUGCUUGGACCUUCAACUACUUUACCUUUUGCGUGCUUCAACUACACUAGACUUCUUAUACCUGGACUGAACCAUUUGAAAGACUCACCGCCGUUUCGGGUAUACUUCAAUCCACUCUGAAUUGGUUCCCUCAUAAAGGUAGCUAAGCUGAGUCUCUACUCGCGUUAUCCAGACUCAACAUGGACCCCUCACAAGGCGCCCAGUCACUGCCCCCGGAAGCGAUUGCUCUCGCUGGGCGUAUGUACGAUGGCGCGCGGAAGGGGGAUAUCGCCAUCUUCCAACAGGCCUUGCCGGCUGGUUUGCCUGCCAACAUGACGAAUGAGAAGGGCGAUACACUGCUCAUGCUGGCUGCUUAUCACGGGCACGCGGAACUGGUGAAGCUGCUCGUCCAGCACGGAGCUGAUCCUAAUCGGUUGAACGAUAGGGGCCAAAGCCCUCUGGCUGGCGCGGUCUUCAAGCAGGAAGACGGAGUUAUCGAGGUUCUCCUCGAGGGCGGCGCUGAUCCCGAUUACGGCAAUCCGAGCGCGUUGCAAUGUGUGGCCAUGUUCAAGCAAGAAGAGAAGUGGCAGACCAAAUUUGAAUCUGCACCAGGUCGGGGAAAUGCUGCGCCAGAACCAUGAGAUCAGGAGAUGCGAUCAUGCGGGAAACAGGAAGUUGACAGUAGUGUCUGCCUCA